AAGAAGAGAAUAGAACUUGACGAGGUAUAAGAUGAUAGAUAAAUUAGAGGAAAAGCAAAAAUAGUAUCUGCCGAAAGACUAGCCACGUCGAUAUGGCAUUGAGGUACAUGUCGCGUCGGUAGGGGUAGUAAGAGGGUAAAAGUGUUGCGCCGGCGCAAUAGGGUAUUUAUCGAUUUUGGAAGCAAAGCUGCCCGAUGCAGCCCAACAUUGAUUUGACCGCGAAGGGUACCGGUUUGGCAGUUGAUAUAAUCGGAGAGUCUACUUAGAGGUGACGAAAAAAGAGAACAACGGUUGCUCCAUGGUGAACAGACUUUGCGAGCUUGCAAAUUUGCGAUUUUGUUUGGUGAACGUGUUCCACUGGUAGUUGGAAUUACGCUCUAUCGCGAGAGCGUUUCCGAACGUGAAAGCAAAUAGGAAGAAUCAUGCAGAAUUAUGGACACGAGGAUUACGGCUAUGGAGCGUCGGACGAUGCGUCCAAUAUGCAAUCAUCCAGGGCUCUCCCUCAAGUUCCGGGCGCUAGACCGGUGGUGGAUCCGCAAGCCGAGGGUGAGGUCGACCCUAGCAUGUAUCCUCAACCGAAGGAAGCCACUCAUAAGAUACGCGGUAAGAGCGAUAUCUUGGAGUAUCUCUUCGGCGCCGUCGACCAAGAACUCCUCACCGUGAAGACUUUCUACUUUUUCUUCUAUUCGGCCUUCGGUUCCCUAUUUCCGCUUAUGGGAGUAUACUUUAAACAAAUGGGUAUGAACGCCGGACAGUGCGGUCUUCUCAUCGGUCUGAGACCGUUUAUCGAGUUUCUCAGCGCUCCUUUUUGGGGAUCUUUGGCCGACAGAUGGCAAAAGGGCAAACUUAUUCUAUUGGCUUCUCUUUCUUGCUGGAUUAUUUUCACUCUACCCUUGGGUUUUAUUCAGCCACCGCCAACUGCCUGCAUGGUUAAAGAUCCAAAUGAUACUUAUUAUCUGGAAGCAUCCAGCAGAGAGCAAAGAAUUGUAAAAAGAUCAACCAAUCUGGAUGAAUUAUAUUACCCUCAAAAUAAAGAAGAGUAUUUGGAAGUUGCGUCUAAUGUUGUCUUUGAAAGAUUACGACGAAAUAUAGACGAUAAUGAAAUACUAGAUUAUACAAAGAACCCAAAUUCAGCGAAAGAAACUAAUAUGUUCGAAACAUCUUUUAACAUCGUAAAAAAUGAUAUUACAAAUUUCGAUAACGAUGAUUCUACUGCAUACGAUUUGGAAAACAACAGAGUCAAGAGACAAAUAUCUCUCACGAAUAAAAAUCUUAGAUAUUUAACGCUCGAAGAUAAUGUCGAUUUAGAUUCAAAGACAAUCGAUUUGGAAUCAUUGCAAAAGAAAAAUCGUCCAGCCGAUAUUUUGGAAUAUAAACAUUUUCUAAAGAAUGAAGAAAUAAUUGAUAGAGCAGUCCCAAAAAAAGCUCACGUUCAUACCAAGACUCGUGUGAAACCACCACCGGAAAAAAUAAUGGUAAAACGAGACGUAGAAAAGAAGUUAUCACUUUUGAACGAGAACGAUAUAAACAUUGAUAACAAUGAGGAAGAAACUGGAAGAAGUAUGGACAUGCCAUUAAUAAGAAAUCGCAGAAGCGUAAGAACGCUUCACGGAAGCCUUCUUACACAGAAUCAAUUGUCUCCUUUAUCGGUUACUUAUGCUACGAAUUAUAAUGAAAGAGAAAAUAAAGGAUGGGUAAAACCACUCUUUAGUUCCAUAGUUUAUAGAUUACCGGAUAUUCAAAAAACCUUCUUUCUUUUACUGCUGUUAGUAGUAGUCGGAGAAUUUUUUUCUGCACCUGCUAUAACUUUAGCCGAUUCAGCUGUCAUCACUUUACUUGGUGAAGAUGCUGAUAGAUAUGGUCACCAACGUAUGUUUGGAAGUCUUGGAUGGGGUUUGGCUAUGUUCUUUGUUGGAAUUGCUCUUGAUCAUAGCACCGCAUUUCCGGAUCAUCCCUGUAAGCCUGAUGAUAGAGAAAAAAAUUAUACAAUUUGUUUUGCGAUAUUCAGCGUUUUAAUGGGUGCCGCGUUAAUAACAGCAACGCAAAUUAAUUUCAAAUAUGAUUUUGCGUCUGCUGAGUAUCCACAAGAAGUGAUGGGUCCAGCUGAGCCAACACAGGAAGAAAAACUUCAAAGUCAAUUAUCGCAGCAGCUUAAUCUCCCUGGACUUCAGGAUUCCUCCGCUGCUGUAGAUCCUAAACCUCAACCUCCAGAAGGAAAGACUAAAAUGUUUGCACAAACUACAAGAGAAAUACCAGAAUGGGUGACAGUGUUGAAGCAGUUUAAGGAUUUGAAAUGCGCCUCAUUCCUUUUCGUCGCAUGGUUUAUGGGAUUUGGUAUAGGAUUGAUCUUCACUUUCCUUUUCUGGCAUCUUCAAGAUUACGGUGGUUCCCCAACUUUGUUUGGCGUUGCAUCAGUAAUCAAUCACAUUUCCGAAAUCUUCGCAUACUUUUUCAGUUUUAAACUUAUUCGACAGAUUGGACACGUUAAGGUGUUGUGUUUAGGUUUAGGCGGAAAUAUACUUCGAUUCCUUUAUAUAUCUUGGUUGAGAAAUCCAUGGUGGGUAUUGCCAUUCGAAUUCAUUCAAGGUAUUACACAUGCGGCUGUAUGGGCCGCAUGCUGUAGUUACAUCGCCCAUAAUACACCAUCGCAGUUGCGUUCGAGCGCACAGGGUGUUCUUCAGGGACUUCAUCAUGGGCUUGGAAGAGGAUGCGGUGCAGUAAUUGGUGGCAUGUUUGUUGCAGCUUAUGGUACGACUACAACUUUCCGAGCAUACGGUGUCAUUUGCUCAGUUGUCCUAGCAAUCUUUAUCUUCAUCAAUUUCUAUAGAAAAGAUACCGGUUUUGUAUCUGAAUUACCACAAACGGAAGAUCCGCAUCAAGUAGCCGAAGCUACUCAUUUGGCCCCACACGGUGUACCGAGUAAUGCUAUACCGAGAGCUCUCAGUUCUACCCGCUUACAUGAACUAGCUAAUCAAGAUGCCGGUUACGGUGCUACUUAUCAAACUGCUGGUGGAAAUCUGGCCGUACCCGGUGCCAAUGGAGGUCCUGGUAAUCCAACAAAUCCAUUCUUAAAUGGCGGAGGUGGCGGCGAAGGUGGAUAUAAUUACGGUAUGACUGGCAAGGGAGAGGACGAGUAUAUUCGUAGGAGCUUCCAGAUCUACAAUGAAGUGGUGGGUAGGGAAUUCGAUGUCGUAAAACCAACUAUUCAGCUACACGCCCAACAACCAUGCACCAAUCCUUUUCAUCAACACGACUACGACUGGUAACGACUCAAUUCGAUAUAUGAGGUUUGUUACUUAUGAUCGAUACACUAAAAUGUGGACGAUUAAGAGAACAUUACUGAUAAAUUAUAACAUAAAUAAUAACGUAUACAUACACAAAUUUAAAUAUAUGUAUAUAUACGUACAUGUGCGUACAUACACACACGAAUUCAUAUGCAAUGCACUUUUUCGUAUAUAUACAUAUAUAAACACAUGCGCACGUGCGCAAAAUAUAUGAAUAGUUAAGGCACAAAAAACGUCUUAUUCAUAAUAUUAAAUUAUAAUAAUACUAAUAUUUCUCGACAAAUU